AAAGAGUGUUUGAGUUGAGAAGGUGAGAGUGUGUGUAUUUUUUUAGUUCUCCUGCAAGCGAUGGUUGGGUGGGCGAUAGCGUUACACGGCGGCGGCGGAGACAUUCCGAUCGACCUCCCUGACGAGCUACGUAUCCCUCGCGAGACCGCUCUGCGUCACUGCCUUGAUCUCGGCGUUUCUGCCCUCAAAUCCGGGAAACAUCCAUUGGACGUCACCGAACUCGUCGUUCGUGAACUUGAGAACCACCCAUACUUCAAUGCUGGUAAAGGAUCCGUUCUAACUGCACAAGGCACUGUUGAAAUGGAAGCUUCUAUUAUGGACGGUAAAACCAAAAGAUGUGGAGCCGUCUCUGGCCUCACCACUGUCGUUAACCCCGUCUCUUUAGCUCGACUCGUAAUGGAAAAAACUCCUCAUAUCUAUCUUGCUUUCGACGCUGCAGAAGCUUUCGCUAGAGCACAUGGCGUUGAGACGGCUGAAUCAACCUAUUUCAUAACUCCUGAAAACAUUGCAAGGCUAAAACAGGCCAAAGAGUUUAAUCGUGUCCAGUUGGAUUACACAGCGCCUACACCGAAAGAACCUGAAAUCCGUGGUGACAGCCAGAUAGGAACGGUGGGAUGUGUAGCGGUGGACAGCGCUGGAAACCUAGCUGCGGCCACAUCAACUGGCGGUUAUGUCAAUAAAAUGGCUGGCAGAAUCGGAGACUCUCCGUUGAUUGGUGCAGGAACAUACGCUAACCACCUCUGUGCCGUCUCAGCCACAGGUAAAGGAGAAUAUAUAAUCCGUGCAACCAUGGCUAGAGAAGUGGCUGCACUUAUGGAAUACAAAGGUUUGUCCUUAUCCGAGGCGGCGGCUUAUGCUGUUGAACAGUCCGGACCUAGAGGAACAUGUGGUCUCGUUGCUGUGUCUGCUAAUGGUGAAGUUGCUAUGCCGUAUAACACCAACGGGAUGUUUAGAGCUUGUGCAACAGAGGAUGGUUUCACUGAGGUCGCAAUCUGGCCUAAAAAUUGAAAUCUCACUAGACUGACUCCCGCUUAUAUAUAUAUAUAUAUAAUA